AUGCCACAAGCAUGGAAAUCCUAUCGUAUCUCUACCAAGCCACAGGCAAUGGUGAAGGUCAGGAUAGCGAAUUGGAGCGACGCCCAUCAAGAGAAGUCAAUUCUGGCUGCGGAACUGGCGGGAGCUGAUGUGGUAGAAGCCGCAGAUGACACCGAAGCGCUCGACUCUGACUGGCUGGUCUAG